AUGGGCAAGGACAAACGAAAGGGCUCGCUCGAUACCAAGCCCAUGGCCAUGCCUGCAAAGAACCCGGCUCUCGCUCGCGUCGGUCGCAAGACACGAUCCAACUCGUCGCCGCACAUCCUGGCAGCAAAGGCGGUGCGCGACAAGCAGAUGACCAAGCAGCGGAAGAAGAAGCGCCGCACCGGGCCGCCCAAGACCACACUCGAAAAGUACCGCCGCAACGUCGUCGAGCUCAUCGAGCAGCAGGAGACCAAGGUCUCGCUGCCGGACGUGCUCGGCAUCUCGAACCUGCUUGCUCGUCAGCAGCGCCGGCUCUCAGGUGCAUCACGCGAGGCCGGCAGGUCGAUGGGCACACUUCCGACGCUCAAGUCUGUCGCCGAGGUCUCGAGUGGCCCGAGCUCUGCACCCCGCGACGCUGGCAUUGUUUCGGCGCCGACACUCAACGCCAGCGUUCACAGCACGGCGGCCAGCUAUGGCAAGGCCAAGGCACAGGCAGAGGUGACGUCCAAGCCGGACGCUGGUUCGUCAUCGUCGUCGCUCUCGUCGUCGGGCGCGUCAUCUGACUCGUCAUCGUCGAACCUGGUCAAGGACAAGACUAAGGCCAAGGCCAAGACAGCUACAGCAGCCGCAGCAACGCCGGCCGCAUCAGCACAAGCUCCGGCAGUGACCGACGCCAGCGCGGCCGAUGGCGCCAGCACAGCCGGCGCGGCCGGCAAGAGGUUGGACUCGUCGUCGUCGUCGGGCUCGGCGUCAGACUCGUCGUCGAGCUCGUCGUCGGGCUCGUCGUCGUCGUACUACGGGUACUCGUCGUCGUCCGAGGCGGUGGUGCAGCUGGCGCGGCCCAAGUCGCUGGUAGAGCUCAUUGCCGAGACCGAAUCACCAUUUGGGGUGCCGGACUCGGAGAGCAACAUUGUGGUCGACGCCGAGGCUGCCAGCACGUCUGGGUGCUCGGUCAAGGCGGGGACGCUGUCCAAGCUUGUAGAGCGGCUCGCAUCUGCGGGCCAGUCGGACAUGCAGUAUGGGCAAGCGUUUUUGAUGACAUACCGUUCAUUCAUGACGCCUUUCCAGCUGCUGGAGCUCCUCAUGCUCCGGUGGUUCACGCCACCGCCGCCCGAGCUGCAAACCGAGGCUGAGCUCGAGGAGCACGCGACCAAGGUGCAGAAGCCGAUCCGGCUGCGGAUUCUCAAGCUGCUCAAGAACUGGCUCGACCAGUACACGUACGACUUUAAGGCGGACGAUGGCGCACUGGUGCGCCAGCUGCUUAAGUUUGUGGAAGAGGCGACGGAGGGGACCGGAAUGGCGGCGUUUGCGGCGCAGCUACGCAAUUCGGCGACCAAGAAGCUGCUCAAGCUGUCGGACCACGGGUCGGGGACCAUGGCGGUCUUCGACCAGAAGCCCCCGACAGUCAUAAUGCCCAAGCAGCUGCAUCCGGCGCAGUAUACGUUCCUCAAGCUCUCGCCGGUCGAGCUUGCGCGGCAGCUGACAAUCAUGGAGUUUGAUCUCUACCGCCGCAUCAAGCCGUGGGAGUUCCUCAAUCAGGGCUGGACCAAGAAGGACGUGACGCCGCUGCCGUCGCCGCACAUUGUGGCGCUGACCAACCACUUUAACCACGUCGCAGAGUGGGUUGCCAUGGAAGUGCUCCAGGCUGGCUCGCUCAAGAAGCGGGCCAAGACUCUGGUCCGCAUCAUCGACAUGGCCUCGGAGCUGCGCGCGCUCAACAACUUCAACGGUGUCAUGGAGAUCCUCGCCGGCCUGCAGACCACCGCCGUCUACCGCCUCCGCGCCACAUGGAGCUCCAUUCCCGACGCCGCCUUUGAUACCUUUGAGUCGCUCAAGACCCUGCUCUCGCGCGAGAAGAACUUUAAGAACAUGCGCGACGCGCUGCCGACCCUCAACCCGCCCAUCAUUCCCUACGUCGGCAUGUGGCUGACUGACCUCACGUUUCUAGAGGACGGUAAUCAAGACGUUACCCCGUCGGGCCUCAUCAACUUUGAGAAGCGGUUCAUGAUCUCGGCCGUCAUUCGCGACGUCCAGCAGUACCAGCAAACCCCGUACUGCCUCCGCCGCAAUAGGCCCAUCCGCCGCUGGAUCGCUUCGCAGCCAUCUAACAUGCUGUACUCGGAAGACUCGGCUUACGAGCUCUCGCUCGAGGUCGAGCCGCGCGAGGGCGCGCCCAAGUCCAAGUCCAAGUCCAAGUCCAAGAAGAAGGCGGCCAAGAAGAAAAAGUCGCGCUCGCUCUUUGCCACCCUCCGCCGCAAGAAGAAGAAGACCGUCACCGUCAUUGACGACAAUGGCAACCAAGUUGCCCUCGACGGCGCCCAUCAAGCCGAAACCCCCGACCAGCCGUAG